CAAGUGGAACAGUGAUGAGUGACCAGCAGCAGCAGCAGCAGCAGCAGCCUCAGUCCUCCCACAGCCCCCUCGACUGCUCCCCCUGGCCCCACCAUCACAUCCACACGGGCGCUGAGGCCGCGGCCUCCUUCCCUGAGUUCUGCCAGGCCUUCGGCUUCCCCGUGGGGCCCUCGGGGUCUGGCUCUCUGCUGCUCUUCUACGAGCUGCUGGACCAGAGCGGGGCCCUGGUGCAGAGGGGCCGCGUCACCGGGUGCACUCAGCUGGGCCAGCACCCUUGGGCCAUGCUAUUCGCACCACACAGCUACCUGUGUUCAGUGCUAGAUGUGUGUGACUCUGUGAGCUCCGUGCGUCUGUACACUAGCCACUCCCCGUGCGAGGACCCGGGCAGCCAGUGCUGCAGCCUCCUGCUGUCCUUCCUGCUCUUCGCCCAGCUCCACCACAUCCAGCACCAGGGAGGCCCCAGGCGCCCAGCUCCACCACAUCCAGCACCAGGGAGGCCCCAGGCGCCCAGCUCCACCACAUCCAGCACCAGGGAGGCCCCAGGCGCCCAGCUCCGCCACAUCCAGCCCCAGGGAGGCCCUGCGCAGCCUGGCUGCCCUCUGGCCCCGGGUCACCCUCAGCCCCCUGUCCGGCCGAGCCUGGGCUCUGCUGCUGGGCAGCUUCGUGGCAGAUGUCCCCUUGUCUGUCCGCCGGGCGGUGCUCCUGCCAGGGAGAGUGGAGGCAGACUGGCGGAAUGCUGUGGAGCUGUCAGCCAUAACUGGCAUGGGGCCAGCCUACCUGGACCUUCCCGCUCCCAGCACCACCGACGACACUAAUGCUGACCCGAACCAAGCCUCUGCUGGACCCAAAACCAUCCUACCUCCUCCCCAUCUCCUCACCACUGAGGACCCCCACCCCGACCCUGCCCGACGUCCAC